UCUCCUGAGGAGCGUAACCCCCCUCGUGUCGUCAGCGAGUCCAUGCGGAAGCGCUUCUUAAGGAGAGCCCCUGGCCGUCGGUCCCGCUCUUCUCUCGCCAGCAGGGACAGGAAGCAGACUUGGUUUUCGGGACCAUCGAGUCAAGGUUGAGAGAGCGGAGGAGAGGACGAGAGUCAUGAAGUGGGGCUGGACGAUUUUGGGGGUCCUCCUCACCGUGGGGGCCCUGGUUUCCUGCGAGGACGGCUUGCGGAUCCCCCAGUACGACGGCAAGGACCGUGUUCACGACCUCAGUGCUAAGAACUACAAGUCCAUCAUGAAGAAGUAUGACGUGAUGGUUAUUUACUACCACAAAAACGUGGACGGGGACCGCAACGCCAUCAAGCAGUUCCAGAUCGAGGAGCUGGCUCUGGAGUUGGCAGCCCAGGUUCUGGAUGAUCUGGACGAUGAAGACAUCGGAUUUGGCCUCGUGGAUGAAAAGAAGGACACGGCCGUGGCCAAAAAGCUCGGCUUGGAUGAGGUGGAGAGUGUCUACAUCUUCGCUAACAACGAGAUCAUCGAGUACGACGGCGAGCUGGCCGCCGACACCUUGGUGGAGUUCAUCUAUGAUGUGAUGGAAGAGCCCGUGGAGAUCAUCGACAAUGAACGGGAACUGAAGGGUUUCCACAACAUGGAUGAGGUCAUCAAGCUGGUGGGCUACUUUAAGAGCGAGAAAUCUGCUCAUUUCAUCGAAUUCGACGAUGCCGCUGAGGAGUUUCACCCAUUCAUCAAAUUCUUUGCUACCUUCGACCCAAAGAUCGCCAAGAAACUGAAACUGAAGAUGAACGAGGUGGAGUUCUACGAACCCUUCAUGGAGGAAUCGGUCAGCAUUCCUGGCAAACCGUACACCGAAGCAGAGUUGGUUGAAUACAUCGAGCAGCAUGACAGACCAACUCUGAGGAAGCUGCAACCUCACAGCAUGUACGAGAUCUGGGAGGACGACAUCGACGGCGAGCACAUCGUGGCCUUCGCUGAGGAAGACGACCCAGACGGCUUUGAGUUCCUGGAGAUCCUGAAGGAGGUCGCGCGCGACAACACCGACAACCCCAACUUGAGCAUCAUCUGGAUCGACCCAGACAACUUCCCCCUGCUGGUUCCAUACUGGGAGAAGACCUUCCGCAUCGACCUCUCAUCCCCUCAGAUCGGCGUGGUGGACGUGGAGGAUGCUGACAGCGUUUGGAUGGAAAUGGACGACCACGAUGAAAUGCCCACGGCGGAGGAGCUGGAGCAGUGGAUUGAGGAUGUUCUCUCAGGAAAGAUCGACCCCGACGAUGAUGACGAGGAGGAUGAUGACGAUGAUGACGAUGACGACGAUGAUGAUGACGAUGACGACGACGAAGACGACGACGACGAUGAUGAUGAUGACGACGAUGACGAUGAUGAUGAUGACGACGAUGACGACGAUGAUGAUGACGACGAUGACGACGAAUAGAAUCGUCAACUGUUUCCGUUGACUUGUAAAAUGAUUUUUUUUUUUUCACUUCCGAAUGUGGCGCGCCAGUAGGUGGCGCUUCAAUGAAUGUUGACUCGACAAGCUAACUACGCUGGCGUUUUGUACUGGUCACUUUGUCUGAAACAUAAUCAGAAAAAUUAUAAACAGCAAUCGCGUUUCAUAAAGUAACUGUUUCUGCUCCCUCAUCUCAAAAAAUAAAAAUA